AUGACGGCCGCCUCCCCAAACCUUCCAUCUGUGGCUUUGCGUGCAGUAAACAAGGCCCCAAGAAUGGAUACUUUCAGGCAGAAGUUCAGGUGGUUCUGUUACUCAGGAGAGGCUGGACCUAGGAAAACCCUGAAUCAACUCUGGGAGCUGUGCACACAGUGGCUGAGACCCGACAUUAACACAAAAGAACAGAUUUUAGAGCUCUUGGUGUUCGAGCAGUUCCUGUCGGUUUUGCCUGGGGAGAUGAGGAUUUGGGUAAAAUCACAACGUCCUGAGAGCAGUGAGGAUGUGGUGACCUUGAUGGAAGACUUGUUCGAAACACUUGAAGAGAAGGAAGAUUCUGUUGCUUGCAAAGAGGAGAACUUAGAAGAUGAAAUGGUGGCUGUUCCUCCAAGCACGGGGUCAAGUGAACCCAUAAUGUUUGAAGAAGUGGCUGUGGACUUUUCCAGAAGUGAGUGGAAGAAGCUGGAGCCUUCUCAGCGGGAGCUGUAUAAGGAAGUGCUGCUGGAAAGCUUAGGAAAUCUGGAAUCACUGGGCUUUCCAGUGUCCAAGUUCAAUUUGCUUUCUCAGCUAAAGUGGAUUAAGUUGCCAAAACUACUGGAAAAAGAACUCUCAAAAGAUUCGAGACCAGGUAAUAAUUUUGACAAUCUUUUGGAAGAAUUUACUUUAGAGAAAAUAAUAGAAAAAUGCUUCGAGGAUGAUGGCUACGGCUUCAUGGCAGAAUUCCAGAAACAUCACGGCAUUGCUGAGGAGGAUGGAGGCAAACGGAGACAUUCCAAAGGAACACAGAAAAAAACUCAGAGGAAAGGCGAUAAGGGAGAAGAAAGUGACCCAGAAAAGAGUCUCACUGGAAAAAAUCCCAAGCGAACUUCCGACCUAAUCAAAUAUAUGAGAGCUUAUUUAAAGAAGAAGAAGGCUCAGCAGUCUAAUGAAGGUAAGAAACCCUUCAGUUUCCAUUCAGAUCUUGUCUUGAACUGCAAAGAACAUACUGCAGAAAAGUCACGGAAACAUAGUGAGAAUGGAAAGGGCGUUACUCACUCUUCGUCUCUAGCUGAACAUAAGAAACAUCAGAAAAUUCGUUUGGGGGAGAAGUCUCAGAAGUGCAGUAAAUGUGGGGUAACUUUCACUCAAAGCUCAUCUUCUAAGAACAGCACCUCUACAUGUGAAAAAUGUCAGAAGAACUUACGUCAAGAUACAGCCACAAAUAAAGAUAAGAGACCUGAGAAUGGAGAAAAAAGUCGUAAGUGUGGUAAGUGUGGAAAAUGCUUCGGCUAUUCCGCACUUACCAAACGUCCUAGAAAUCUUACUGGAGAGAAGCCCUACACGUGUAUUAAAUGUAGAAAAGCUGCCAGCAAUAGCUCCUCACGCUCCUCGGGUCGUGGAAGUCCCACUGACGAAAAGCUCUGUAAGUGUGAUGUGUGUGGAAAAAGUUUCACCGUCAUUCACCACCUCAUGAAACAUCAAAGAACUCAUACUGGAGAAAAACCUUAUGCCUGUAAAGACUGUGGGAGAGCCUUCAGUGAUAGCUCAUCUCUUAGUCAACAUCAGCGGAUUCACACUGGAGAAAAACCGUAUAAAUGCAGCGAAUGUGACAAAUCCUUCAGUCACAGCUCUUCCCUUACCAAACAUCAGAGAAUUCAUACUGGAGAAAAGCCCUAUAAAUGUGAUGACUGUGGCAAAACCUUUAGACAGAAUUCUUGCCUUACCCGCCAUCAGAGAAUUCACACUGGAGAAAAACCCUAUGUAUGUAAGGACUGUGGAAUGGCGUUCACCCACUUUACAUCUGCCCUUUAUCAUCAACGGCUUCAUUCAGGAGAAAAGCCUUACAAAUGUGACGAGUGUAAGAAAGCUUUCUCCUCCCAUUCCCUCCUCAGUCGCCACAUGAGAAGUCAUACUGGGGUGACGCCUUACAAAUGCAAGGAAUGUGGGAAAGUCUUCCGGCAAAGUUCAUCUCUUAAUGAACAUUUCCGAGUUCAUACUGGAGAGAAACCCUAUGAAUGUGAUGUUUGCGGAGCAACUUUCCAUCGGACCUCACUCCUUGUAGAACACGUAAAAAUUCAUGCCAGAAAUAGAAAAUACCCUUGCAAUAAAUGCGAUAAGGUAUUUAAAUGUAACAAUAGCCUUGUCAAACACCGGGUGGUUCACGCUACAAGUGAUUCUAAGAAAGGGGAGGAGAAGUGAUUGUAAGAAAGGGAUGUAAAGCAAUUAGGUAGAAGCUGCAACUUUGGUGGGGUGGAUAGCUAGAAAAAUAACUUCCCCACUCAUCCCUCUUCUCUUUGAUGACAUAAAUGGCUGGUAAAGAGUAAU